GCGUGAACUGGUCUAUACCUGCAUUUAAAAGUUGUAUUGGACCGGUCUUUGUUACUUGUCAACUUUUCGGGAAUUUCUGGUUGACUUUCCUAAUGGGGUUGGUCCAUAAAAAUCAUAAAAAGUGACAUUAAAAGUUAUGGUAGCCAGAACUAGUGUAAGUCGAUAAAACUAGUGUAAGUCGAUAAAUAAAAGGACUGAAUGAUUGAAAAAGAUUACUCAGAUGCUUGAAGAAAGGACUAUCGUGCAGCUUCUAUCAAUGAAUGAACAUGGACAGUAAUCGUAGAGUACUUAUGGAUGCUGGAUCAAGCGACCCUCUUCAAUGGUUUGCACAAGCGCAGCAAUCAAUCAAGGUGAAUUUCACAGAGCUGCUGGAAAUCAUCGAUUAUUCCGACACAUUAAUUAAAGGUAGCGGGGAACACAUUGAUAUGGGUGAAUGUCAACAUAAAGUGACGGACCACCGGCAGAAAGUGUGCAGAGUCAUGGAGGUGCUGGCCAGAGAUCACAUGAAGGUUGCCUUUUUUGGCGUGACGUCAAGCGGGAAGAGUACAGUGAUCAACGCCAUGUUGAGCGAGAACGUCCUGCCGUGUGGAAUGGCACACAGGACUCACCGCAUCCUGCAAAUCGAGGGCUCCGACUCCGAAAAGGUCAUUGUCCUGACAGAAAGGGAACCAGACACGCCUAAGAGUAUAGAGUCCAUCAAGAAGCUGGCUGAUGCCCUGAAAAAUAAUGAGAGCGAUUUCGUACGGAUUCUCUUUCCAAAAACCAAGUGUCGACUUCUCAGAGAGAGGGUAGUUCUCGUGGACAGUCCUGGGAUAGGCGUGACUACUGAACUAAAUCUAUGGUUGGACAAGUUCUGCCUGGAUGCCGAUGUGUUUGUUCUCGUGUCCGACGCAGUGGCUACUCUUACACAGACGGAGAAGAAUUUCUUCCACAAGGUCAUCGAGCGUCUUUCUAGCCCCAAUAUCUUCGUCCUUCUCAACCGCUGGGACCAAUCCGUAUUCGAAGAUGACGUAGCGGAGGUGCGAGAACAACACAUCGACCGACACCUCGAAUUUCUGUGUCAAGAGCUGAACGGAAUGGAUCGGGCCAAAGGGCUCGAACGGAUUUUCUUUGUCUCUGCGAAAGAGGCGCUAACUACGCGUCUCGUCGAGAAAGGCGAAGAACGUGCAAAAGCUCAACUCCCGGGGCUACAAGAAAGGCACAUCAGUUUUUGCAAUUUUGAAAGAGCAUUGGAGGAGUGUAUGUCAAAGACUGCUGUAAAAACGAAGUUUGAGCGGAACAAUAAUCUCGGCAAGAGCAUCACGACGGAGAAUUGUGCCUUGGUAAAAGACAUUCUCAAAAGCAGUCGGCAACAUAUUGAUCGUAUGAGAUUCGAUCGGGAUGAGAUGGCAAAACACCUGGACUUCAUGGCAAAACAACUCCACAACUCCACCUGUUCACCUGUGAAUUCAUAUACACGAUUACUAAAACCGUUGCGGGCGUCUAUACCGAGUUUUAGAAUUGCGAAGAAGACUCCUUAUUCGAGGUUCUUAAACCUUAUGUCAGGUUUAAAUAUCGCCAAAAUAUUAACGGAUGAAAUCAAUCGCCUACCCAAACUUGUGGAAGCGUUUAAUAGACCGUUCCCGGACGACCAAAAUUCACUGAACACGUAUACACAGGACUUGAGUACACACGUCCAAAUAAGCCUUAGUCGCAAUGUGGAAUUGCGCUGCACUGAAGCCCAAAAGUCCGCGCAAAAAACCACCAUGCAGGAAAUGACAGACAAAAUGGUUGCCAAAAAUUUCCCAGAAGAAUAUCAAACGAAAUUCCACAAAGUGAUGCAAUGGCAUGACAAUAACUUCGCUGUCCCAAACGGGUUUGGCUCUCGAGACAUGUUUUCCGAGUUUAACGGUUUUGGCUCUGGAAACCUGUUUUCCGAGUUAUUGAAGAAGUUUGCCUUCCAUUUCGACAUCCCUCUGGACGAAUGGAUUUACGUAGCUAUAGGGGCGUCAGUCACAGUGGCGUUGGCUCUUCUUUUGCCGCGGAAGUUUGUCGUGGUAGGUUUGUUAACUUUUAUCAGCGGUCUGCCCGUUUACAAAUACUACCAACUAGUAAAGAAAGAACAAGAUUUUAAGGCCCGAUACGUUGAAUACGUGAGCACAAAGCUGAGAUCCAUUGUCGCCAGUUACAGCACAAUCUGCAGCGAACAAGUAGAACGAGUGUUAAUUUCGACAUUUGACGAGCUAUGCAAGGAGGCGCACAGCAUAGAAGAAACUCUUAAGAAGGAGGUGGAACAGCAGGACAUUACCAUUAAACAGCUCGAGCUCGAUUGGACUGCCACCAACUUGAAGGCUGAAGCAUACUGGGAUAAAGCAGAAAGAUUGCGCAAAGCCUUUGACAAGUUUGAGGAGCAAUUUUUAACAGUUCCCGGCAACGACCCCCUCUCUCCAUGAUUGGAAUUGAAAUGUGAAUUACAAUGGCGAUGUUGGACAAGAAAGACGUGAACAAAAAUCAAGCUGAUAUCAGAAAUGAUGUCUAUAAAAAUUAAUUGAUAUAGAGAGAAUAACAGGUUACUUCCUGAUCUUUUUGUAAAAUAUCAGGCAAGGCUUAAUAAUAUAACGGCGAGGCUUGCCGAGCAGUUAUUUUAUUCGUGCCGAGCCUGAUAUAUUACAAAACGAUCAGGCAAUAACCUGUUUUUCUGUUUAUCAUACCUCUACGGCAACGAUUUUGAAUAAAUAAUGGAAAAAAAAUCGCUAAAAAGCUUCUUUUAGCGGAUAUAAUAUGGCUUUUUUCGUUUGACGUGUUAAUAAUGACGUCAUGAGCACGCGCACUUAAUAUUUGUAAAAAGAGUGGUUUUUGCAGUUUCUGUUGCAUUUUGUGUUUAAAAUAUAUAACAUCUUGGUAUCAAUUUGUUUGUUUUGUUUAAAUUGAUUCGAAUUUACUUAAAAUGAUUACUUUAUAGUUGAUUCCGAGUAAUAUGACCUCCUUUCAUUGACUGAUAAAAGAACUUCCUGUUGACCAUGAUAUAAAAAAAUAUCAGGCAACGUUAUAUCAGGCAGGUAUCAAUACGGUGGAACGAUACAUUCCUGUAAAUGUUAUGAAUUACUUUAGAAUGCUAGGAGCGUGCAGAAAUAAGUCACAUACACAUUGCAUAUUAUUUAUAUUGUAGAUUUGUAUUUGAAUUUGUUUUCAAUAUAAAUUUAAUGAGUAGCUCUGUAUCACCAUUUCUUAGUUUUGUAAUGCACGCUUUUACACAAAUGUAUUUUAAUUUGUUUAUUAAAUGCUUUUGAUUGAAAAAUGUAAGUAAUUAUUUGAAAGAUGCGAUUAUAUAUAUUUACAAAAUGUUAAGUUAUAUGUCUGCAUAUUUUAAUGUGUUUAAGUGUAUAUUAGUGUAUAUGAGUUGUAUGGCAUGGUAUCUAGUUUUGAGCUCAAAUAUAUAACAACAUUUAUAACAUGAAUCCAAUUAUAAAUUCGCCGAAAAAAUAUUUAGUUAAUAAGAGAUAUUGAGACGAUCCGCAACCAAUAUCAAAAUAAUGAAUAGCGCAUGCUCAUUUAGUUUAUUUGCACUAAGUUGUUUGAUGGAUAUUGUUUGUAAUUGAAAUUGUAUGCAUGCGUGUUUUAAUGGAAAACAAAUGAUAUAGUUUUUAUCACCUGUUAUCAUGGACUAAAGUUUUAUUAAUAUUUUGUGGUAUGUGGUGCACUGUUAAGACCGUCUGGAAGAAUAGGAAAGGGUAUAUUAACAAAAAGAAUGUAAGUGUGUAAGCCCAAUUGAGCGGUGAAGUCUUGCACUAUUGACCGGACGCACAGUCUUCAUUUUGAAAUCAAUAUUUUUACAAGCUUUUACAUGCUCACAACUUGCAAUAAAACUGCAAUCAUAGACAGGUCGGUUUAGAAUUUUUAACCCAGUGCGGUCACUGAAAGUACUCUUUAUCUUUAAACGUACAUGCAACGUUGGAGGGGUGAGAUUUACCCUUUCCGUAACAUAUCACUUUUGCUUGAAAUGAUGAUAAUCAUUUCGUUCCAAGGUUUAAUAAAGAAAUUCCUGUGAAUUUCUUUACCGGUUCGGUAUAUAUUGCAGUAUUGUUUUGUCUUAAAUUGUAAAGAAAACUAGUUUUUCAUUGGUUACAACAGACCACGUAAAGGACUUAGUUAUGUGUUAUGUCUGUAGCGAUAUAUAUUAAGCGUAUCUUACUAUAAUGCAUUCCUAGAUGUCGGUGGACUUUAAACCUAAUACUGCAGACACAUAUUAUCCCUUCUUUAAACGUUAAAUAAAUAAAAUGACGUCAUACA